CAGCUGACUGCAGUCUGAGGACGAAUUUACAGGGGAACAACAUCAAAUACUGCCGCACAUUUCUGCCCUAAUUCCGCUUAAACCGCCCCGCAGGAGGGACAUGCUGCUGUAGAGGACCUUACCGUUCGAGAGAAAACAUGUCUGGAAACAGUCUGGUAUUACCCAUAGUGCUGUGGGGCCGCAAUGCACCCACACACUGCAUCUCCAGCCUGCUGGUGAUGGACGACCUGGCCACCAUCAUCAGCGGCUGCCACGAUGGUCAGAUCUGCAUCUGGGACCUGACCCCUGACCUCGAGAUUAACCCACGGGCUCUGCUGUUCGGACACACCGCCUCCAUCACCUGUCUGUCCAAGGCCAGUGCAAGCAGUGACAAACAGUACAUGGUCAGCGCGUCAGAGAGCGGAGAGAUGUGUCUGUGGGAUGUGAACGAUGGCCGCUGUAUUGAGUUCACUAAGCUGGCCUGUGCCCACACUGGAAUACAGUUUUACCAGUUUACAAUCGGGACACAGCGUGAGGGCCGUCUCCUGUGUAACGGCCAUUACCCAGAGAUCCUGGUGGUGGACGCCACCAGCCUGGAGGUUCUUUACUCGCUGGUGUCCAAGAUAUCUCCUGACUGGAUCAGCUCCAUGAGCAUCAUCCGCUCUCAUCGCACCCAAGAAGACACAGUGGUAGCAGUUUCAGUCACUGGAAUUCUGAAAGUGUGGAUCAUCACAGCGGAAGUGAGCAGAAUGCAGGAUAUGGACCCCGUGUUUGAGGAGGAGUCUAAGCCGAUCUACUGUCAGGGCUGCCAGAGCAUCUCCUUCUGCACCUUCACUCAGCUCUCCCUCCUUGUCGUCUGCUCCAAAUACUGGAGGGUGUUUGAUGCGGGGGAUUUCUCGCUCCUGUGCUCCGUGCCCAGUGAGAAUGACCAAGCCUGGACUGGAGGGGAGUUUAUUGCUGCUGAUAAAGUUAUUAUUUGGACCGAGGACGGCUGUAGCUACAUCUACAAACUGCCAGCCAGCUGUCUUCCAGCCAGUGAGCACUUCCGCAGCGACGUAGGGAAAACGGCCGAAGGUUCCAUCCCUCCUCUGGUGUACAGCAUCGCAGACCGAGCUGACAAACAGUUGCUGAUCUGUCCGCCGGUGACGAGGUUCUUCUACGGACGCAGGGAGCCCUUCCACAAGCUGCUGGUUCAGGGCGAUUCGGCGGGCAGGUUGACCCUCUGGAGCAUCCCGGACACUUCGCCGCUGCAGCCGCUGUCUUCUGCUGCAGAGCUGCAGGUCUCCUCCACUAUCAGCCUGCAGGAGGCGUUUGAUAAGCUGACCCCGCUGCCCGCCGGCAUCAUCGACCAGCUGAGUGUCCUGCCGGGGUCGGAGGAGCCCAUCAAGGUCACGGCGAGUGUGUACAUCCCCUCACAGGGCCGCCUGGUGUGUGGAAGGGAGGACGGCAGCAUCAUUCUGGUGCCGGCCACGCAGACCGCCAUCGUCCAGCUGCUGCAGGGGGAGCACAUGCUGAGAAGAGGCUGGCCUCCUCACCGAACUCUCAGGGGUCACAGGAAUAAGGUGACGUGUCUGCUGUACCCUCACCAGGUUUCCCCUCGCUAUGACCAGCGCUCCCUGGUGUCCGGUGGGGUGGAUUUCUCCGUCAUCGUGUGGGACAUUUUCACCGGAGAGAUGAAGCACAUCUUCUGUGUGCACGGAGGAGAGAUCACCCAGCUUCUGGUCCCCCCAGAGAACUGCAGCACGCGGGUCCAGCACUGCGUGUGCUCUGUGGCGAGUGACCACUCUGUGGGUUUGCUGAGUCUGAGAGAGCGGAAGUGCAUCAUGCUGGCCUCCCGCCACCUCUUCCCCAUCCAGGUCAUCAAAUGGCGUCCGUGUGAUGAUUACCUGGUCGUGGGCUGCACCGACGGCUCCGUUUACGUCUGGCAGAUGGACACAGGGGCGCUGGACCGCUGUGUGAUGGGUAUAACAGCGGUGGAGAUUCUGAAUGCGUGUGAUGAGGCCGUCCCGGCGGCGGUGGACGCUCUGAAUCACCCUGCGGUGAACCUGAAGCAGGCCAUGACCCGCCGCAGUCUGGCAGCGCUGAAGAACAUGGCCCAGCACAAGCUGCAGACUCUCGCCACCAACCUGCUCGCUGCAGACAACGCAGACAAGGGUAACUUGCCCAAAUACUCCCACAAUUCACUGGUGGUCCAAGCGAUGAAGACGAACCUGACUGAUCCGGACAUGCACGUGCUGUUCUUCGACGUGGAGGCUGUUAUCAUCCAGCUGCUGACGGAGGAGGCGCAGCGGCCCAACCCCACCCUCGUCUCCCCAGAAACGCUCCAGAAGGCCCCCGGCGGAGCGGAUAAGGGCGGCUCCUUCCUGGCCAACAAGAUCUUUAAACAGGUGAAGGAGACCAUCAAAGAGAACAUCAAGGAGCACCUGCUGGACGAAGACGAGGAUGAGGAGGAGGAGAUGCGACGUCGAGAGGAGAAGUCCAAAUCCCUCAGCCUGCUAGAAUACAAUCUGACCAUGGACACAGCCAAGCUCUUCAUGUCCUGCCUGCACGCCUGGGGCCUGAACGGCUCGCUGGACGAGGUGUGUCUGAGCCGUCUGGGCAUGCUCAGACCCCACACGCCCAUCUCCUUCGGCCUCAUCUCCCGCGGGGGGCACAUGUCCCUCAUGCUGCCCACCUUUAAGGACUCCCUCCUGAGGCAGCUGGCCCGGGGCUGCGCUGAGGGCAGAAAACUCUCCGUCUCAGAGAUCGUAGGCAAAGGAACGUACGGAGUGUCCCGCGCCGUCACCACGCAGCACCUGCUGUCUGUUAUCUCACUGGCCAACACCCUGAUGGGCAUGACCAAUGCCACGUUCGUGGGGGAGCACAUGAAGAAAGCGCCGGCAAGGCCUCCAAGACCCGGCACCCCUGAGACCCCCAAAAAGACGGCCCCCCAGGUCUCCAACCCGGCCCUGCAAGGACAGAUCAAACAAGGUUGGAGUCAGCUGGCUGCGAUGCACUGUGUGAUGCUGCCUGACCUGCUGGGGCUCGAUAAGUUCAGACCACCCCUUCUGGAGAUGCUCGCUCGCAGGUGGCAGGAUCGCUGCCUGGAGAUAAGGGAAGCAGCUCAGGCUCUUCUGCUAGCAGAGCUGCGCAGGAUCGGUCAGUCGGGCAGGAAGGACACCAUCGACAUGUGGGCGCCUUACCUCCCUCAGUAUGUGGACACCGUCAGUUCUCCGGGAGCCGCUCCAGAGACCGCCCAGCCGGCCCCGCCCCCUCCUGAAGCUCCGCCCACAGAACCCAAAGCUCCAGAGGAGGAGAUGGACGUGACUGAUGAUGACAUCACCGCAGGCUGUCUCUCUAACCUCCCUCCGAAUGCGAAGAAGAUCUCGAACUCGUAUGAGGAGAGGCGUAAGCAGGCCACGGCGAUUGUUCUGCUAGGUGUGAUUGGGGCAGAGUUUGGAGCAGAGAUUGAGCCCCCUAAGCUGCCGUCUCGCUCCAGGACCAGCGGCCAGGCGCCCGAGGGCUUCGGCUUGACCACCGGGGGAUCCAACUACUCGCUCGCUCGGCACACCUGUAAAGCUCUGACGUUCCUCCUCCUCCAGCCCCCCAGCCCGAAGCUCCCCGCCCACAGCACCAUCCGCCGCACAGCCAUCGAUCUGAUUGGCCGAGGCUUCACCGUGUGGGAGCCGUACAUGGACGUGUCCGCUGUGCUCAUGGGUCUGCUGGAGCUGUGCGCAGACGCAGAGAAACAGCUGGCCAACAUUACAAUGGGGCUCCCCCUGAACCCGGCGGCUGACUCCGCCCGCUCUGCCCGCCACGCUCUCUCUCUGAUCGCCACAGCGAGACCGCCGGCCUUCAUCACCACCAUCGCCAAGGAGGUGCACAGACACACAGCGAUGCAGUCUCAGGGCUCUCAGUCUCAGCAGAACGUUCACACCACCACCCUCGCCCGCGCCAAGACCGAAAUCCUGCGGGUCAUCGAGAUCCUCAUCGAGAAAAUGCCCUCAGAUGUAGUGGACCUGCUGGUGGAGGUGAUGGAUAUUAUCAUGUACUGCAUUGAGGGCUCUCUGGUGAAGAAGAAGGGUCUCUCUGAGUGCUUCCCUGCAAUCUGCAAGUUCUACAUGGUGGCGUACUGUGAUCGGAGUUACCGUGUAGCUGUGGGAGCUCGGCAGGGCUCAGUCGCUCUCUACGAUGUUCGCACGGGCAAGUGCCAGCAUAUCCACGGACAUAAAGGCCCCAUAACAGCAGUGUCCUUCGCUCCAGACGGACGCUACCUGGCCACUUAUUCCAACGCAGACAGCCACAUCUGCUUCUGGCAGAUGAACACGUCUCUGCUGGGCAGUAUAGGCAUGCUGAACUCGGCCCCCCAGCUGCGCUGCAUUAAGACCUACCAGGUUCCUCCGGUCCAGCCAGCAUCUCCAGGAUCACAGAACGCCCUCAAACUCGCCCGCCUCAUCUGGACCUCCAACCGCAACGUCAUCCUCAUGGCUCACGACGGCAAGGAGCACCGCUUCAUGGUCUGAGAACGGUCACGGGGUCCCAACUGUGACCUUGGGUUGAGCUGAGCGGAAUCCUGGCCAAGCUUGGGAGACGCUCAACACUUCUUAGUUUGUUUACAUCGUCGUUUUUGUUUUCCAUUCCACUUUUUUAUUUAAAUUGUGUUUUUUUCCUGUUUGUUUAUUGAAGAGAGUGAUCAGACCAGUCUUUUAGGCUUUGAAGCUACUACUGUUUUCUCAGAAAUGAGUGAGGUUGAGGGUUUAAGGGUGUAGUUUUAAUUACAAACCGAAUGUGUGAAUUUUUUAUUUUUGGUCCAUAACCUGUUCACCACGAGGCCCCUGUGUUCCUCCUAGUAACCCCGUGUGACCUCCUGCAUGAGGUGCGGCCUCUUCUGCUUCUGCUUUCACCUUUUAAGUGACCAGAGCCGACCUGAUGUAUGCUGAAGUGGGCAAAUCAAACAACUUGGUGGGGAGGUCAAUGUUUUUAGGUAAAGCUGUGCUCACUAGAAGUGGCUCUGAGUCCUAGUUUGUGUCUUAGCACUGGCAGUUUAUAGUGAAUGAACAUAAUCACAGCACAUAUAUGUGAAAUAUCACCAGGAAGAAGUCUGGAUUUAGCCUGUUGUGUUAUUUUAUUUUCUGUGGUCUUGUCUUGUCGUGUUAUUGUGAACUGUUUUGCGCCUGUGUGGUUGUAGGCACUCAGAUGCUGUAUCGGUAUUUAUCAAACUAGCUUUUCUCAUCCAGGCUUUGGGGUUGGUGUCCGUUAGUAAUGCUAACGAGCCCCAGGCCCCUCCCUGCACACGCCCGUCUGCUGUAUAUAUAAGCUCAGAGAGUUAAAGUACAGAAGUCUAUUUUAGAGAGACGUUUAAUAGAGAGCUGUUUAAUCUGUACGAGUGGUUGUAGUUCAGUAAUGCGUGACUGACAGUGUUACAGGGAAGCGAACCGACAGAGCGAGUGACUGAGGGAAAGUGAGAGUGAGUGAACGAGGUACUGUUACUGUGGAUCUAGUCACACUUUCUCCCCAUGUAUUUCUCUCACCACCUCUCACUCGUUCUCCCCCUCUCUUCUCCACUCUCCUUUGUUUUUCUCCCUUUUUUAUUCACUUCUGUCUCACCUCGUUUCCUUCCCUUCUAACUCCCUCUCUUCUCUUUC